UUUUGUGCUUGACAUUUUGGAACGUAAUGUAAAAAUUGAGCAAUUAUUGUAUCCAAGAAAAUAAAAAUAAAGUCUGUGAUUUUUUAAAGAUUAAGCGUUUUGUGGACAUGUUAGCUAAUAUGAAUUAUUAUUGGGCAUUCCUAUUGGUGUUCUUAAACUUAAACGUUUUAAAAGCAGAUAUGUCUAACAAAGAGUCAGAACAUAUUGACCUAUUGCUAACUAGAACUGGAGCUGGCUAUUUGUCACCAUUCCCUGAUAAUUGCUCUUUAAUAUUGAAUGAUUUUGCUGAUUAUGCUGCAAACUUUACAAAGUGUUCCAUACUAAAUGCUAGACCUAUAAGGAUAUGUGAAAAGUGUAUAGAGCCGUAUAUGAACUUCCACAACAAGUAUCAAGAGUUAAUGACCGUAGUUGUGAAUGGAACCUCUUGCAAGUCCGUUUUCAUAUCCCAUGAUAGACUGGAUGCAAUAUUAGAAUAUCAUGACAAUAUUCUAAGCAUUUGGAACAAAGCUCAUUGCUCUGAUUGUUACAAUUGGACCACUCCAGUGCCAGUUUUAUCAAAUGAAACAAUACACUUCAAUCAGUUGUUUAAUGAAACCAUAAACUGUAUAGUAAAGUACAUAAAUCCUUCUUCAAAUGACACUCAGAUUGUCUGUGAUAACUGCAUGCAGUCCUACCUUAAGUUGGACAGUUUUUAUAAAACACUCAGUGCAGAUUCAAUUGGAACAGACAGCAUUUGUAUGGAUAUAGUUGACUCAAUGAAUGCUACCCGGUCUGUGUGGAGUAAAAGUUUGAAUUGUUGUAAAAUAAGAAGAACUCCUGAAGUCAUAUUUUUGGUUUGCACUGGCAUUAUUUCAGUGCUACCAAUAUUUUAUUAUUUAGUUCUUAGAUUCUGCAGUCCAAUGAGAGACUUGCCAAAUGUGUUGAAGCAAUCAAGAUUCAAGCAGACCAUACUACGAUCAUUAGGACGAACAAAUUGAAGGCUGUUAAAUAAAAUAAAAGUCUCAUUGUAACAAGUAACACAUUAUGUAUUUACAAAUUGACCAAAGAAAUAAAAACUAUUUUUGAUAAAA